AUGACUGCGCGAGGUCCUCACUCAGGGUUCUGCCCGUCGCCAUUUCUUCAGGAAAAUACCUUUCCUGAAACUGGAGGAUUUCUUCCAGGUCGUUUCUGCCAGCCUAUAUCAGCACUCGGGAACCUGACGUGCUGUUUACCAUGUCCGCUAACAGACUGGGCAUAUCCUGAUGGCUUCGAGUCAAGGACAGAGAUCGCCAAUUGGGUCAACGUGGCAGCAUUGGUCGCCUCAGUGUUUCUGCUGUUGUCUUUCGCCAUACUGGACGUGAAGUGGACACAUCGACAUUACCUGAGUGUGUGUCUGACAAUAUCAGUGGUGUUCAUUGAGUUGGCUUUCCUCCUGCCGGCAGCAGGUGAUCCCGACCAAUGCUUCAACGAAAUUACGCCAAACGACAUGAAGUCCAGCGGCAUGUGCGCGGCCAGUGGCGCGUUUCUGCUGUUCGGUGGAUGGGGUGCUGUGAUAUGGGUUUUCCUGCGUGCGCUCUCACUGCACUUACAAAUUUGCUGGGAGCUGGUACCAGGCAAUCGGUUCUUCUUGGGAUCACUGGUCUUCGGAUGGCUGAUACCGGUCAUCGGACUCGCCAUCGCACUCGCCUUGACCGGAGUAUCAUUUAGAUUCGGCAGUGUAUGCCACAUCAACCACAAACUUGCUCUGCAGGACUUCUGGGGCCCACUGCUGGCCUUCGCUGCCAUCGGCAUGGUGUUGCAAUUCAUUACACUGGGAUAUUGCAUUCAUGUCUACAUUAAGAGUCUGAUGGACGACAAAUCGACAACGACUAACACAAGCUCGAACAUGCAAAGCUACACAGGCAGCGUCGCGACCAGGUCAGCACGUCAAACGUUCCGAAGAGUAAAAAGAGUCGUUGAGUUACAAUGGAGGGGCGCGGCUAUAGUGCUUCUGAUCAUCGGAGAGGUCGCCUUCUUCGCCGUUGUAUUCGUCUCGAUGGAUAACAGCUUCCAAGUGAGCGACGAGCUUGUGCGGAAAGCGACGCCGUGGCUCACCUGCCUGGCCAACCCGACUAAGACGAAGAAUGACUGCCUGCCAUUGAUCGGUACUAUUACGCAAGCCGAAGGUGUAGUCUUGGCUGUUCUGAUCUGCUUAGGGCUGAGCGGCUUCUGGUGUAUGCUAUUUUUCGGACGCUGGUCCAUGGUGCUGGGAUGGAAGGACCUCUUCCAGCGCAAAUUGCUCAAGAAGAAUGAAUUCAUCUCAGCUGAUGUUCACAGAGCCGAUAACCGUACGUACGAAAUGUUGACGAGUGGGAAGACACAACCACUGAAUCUCAAUCCACCAGAUCGAACAUACCAAAGCCCGAUCUCGCCAGAUUCACAAGCAUGGUCCCCCGAGGAUGCCGACAACAAGCAUUUCUAUGGAGGCGUGAGGACAUAUGUGACGCCAGCGACGAGCUACUCGGUACCUCGACCACCGAGUUCGGGCCAGAAUAAGGAGUGGGAUCCUCGAAUGACAUGGGCGAAAAGCCAUCCACCCGCACCGGCUGGGUAUCCCAGAGGCAAAGAUUUUGGUGGUGGCUGA